AUGGGCUCUGGAUUAUCAGUUGGAAGAAGGUCCUCCUCAAGCAGAAGCAAUGUGGAUAGACGAAAGAGUACAGACUCUAGAAAGAGCAUAGACUCCAAUAAGUCCGCUAACAGAAACACCAACCGCAAAGACCAGGAUAAAACCGUCGUAAACGAUCAAAAGGCCACCGUGCAGAAUAGCAAGAACAAUGGGUCAGCUUCCUCCAAAAAUAAUGUUGAUUCUGCAAUGAAAGAUCAGCAAAAACAAUCGUUUCAUGAACAACCAAAGGAAAUGCAACAACAACCAAAACAAGACUCGAUUCAAUCAAACAAAGGUGAUAAAACCUCCUCUCAACCCAAUUCAGAAAACAAUGGAGAACAAAAGCCAUCCUCGGAACCAAGUGAAAAACCAAGACCUCAAACGACCCUGCUAGGUCGAAAGAAAGCAAAUGUGGACGAUAUUCCAGAAUUUGUAUUCCACUCGGAUAAGGAUCUCCUUUUUGGAGCUGAUAUUGCAAUGCCAUGGAAACCAGGUUAUGCUCUUGGUGUUCAUAUCAUUGACGAACAACAUAAAAUACUGGUCAAGCUUAUUAAUGAGUUGGCAGAGGCUGUAAAAGACGGGCAUAUGAGAUAUGAAAUAGGAAGUGUGUUUGAUAACCUGGUGGAAUAUACAGACUUUCACUUUAAGAAAGAGGAGGAUUUAAUGCAAAAGUAUCACUACGUGGAGGAGGAUGAAAAAGCGCACAAAGAAAAACACGAACUUUUCGUCAAAACCAUCUUCAACUUGAGAACCGACUUUAUUAACAUGACCGUGGAAAAUAUUGGUAAAGACCUAUUUAAUUUCCUUACUGAUUGGUUAUUAACCCAUAUUUGCCAGAUGGACAAGAAAUUGUGUGACUUUUUAAUUCAGAGAAAUGUAAAUGAAUAA